UGGAGGCAAACAAAAUGGUAACCUCUCCCACUUAAGUUCGCUGUCUCCCUUGGAAAGCAGAAGCAGAGUAACAGAGAAAAGGGGUGACCUGAAUUUUAAGAACACAAGAAAAUGGGAAGAAGAUUGAACAUUGUAUUUCUUGCAACAAUUGCCAUAGCGGCUAUGCUGCAGAGCUCGUCGGCACAGACAGCUUAUGUUGUUGGGGAUGCGUUAGGUUGGGCCAUUCCUCCUGGCGGCGCCGUGGCUUACACCACAUGGGCAGCAAACAAGACUUUCAGAGUUGGUGACACUCUUGUUUUUAAUUUUGCUAGCGGAUCUCACGACGUGGCUAGAGUGACAAGGGCGAAUUUCGAUGCUUGCAACUCUGCAAAUCCUCUUCUUUUACUAUCAAACGGUCCUGCAAAUUUUACCCUCAAUGAAACUGGCGAUCACUAUUUCCUCUGCGCCUUUCCUGGCCACUGCAGUGCUGGUCAAAGAUUGGCGACAAACGUUAGUGCUGCAGCCUCAUCUCCUGCCCCUCAGCCUUCAACUCCACCCCCUCAACCUUCUUCUCCUGCUCCUCAACCCUCUACUUCUCCACCAGCUUCUACCCCUCAGCCUUCUGCCCCUGUUCCAGCUCCCCAAGCUAGCUCCCCUUCACCCAUCUCUCCACCAACGUCCCCGGCGACCCCACCAUCCUCUUCCUCACCCCCACCUUCAACGGCAACACCACCAUCCUCCACCACCUCACCCCCACCAUCAACGGCAACACCACCAUCCUCCACCACCUCUCCCCCACCUCCCGCCGGAGAUAACGGUCCCACCCCACCACCGCCUGGCAACUCGGCAACAUCUCUAGGUGUUGCUGGGCUGUCCGCUACUUGCCUGUCCUUUAUUAUAGCUUUGUUCAUGUGUUAAUUAAACAUAGUAGUAAAAUAGAAUUAAUGUGAGAGAGGGCAUUCAUUUUUCUUCGAUGUCUUAUUGUCAUACAGAUUGAGAUUUUGAUUGCAAUAAAGAGAUAUUUUUGACAUAUGAGUCGACAAUCA